AUGUCUGGCCUCGAGCCCCUGGCGGCUAUGGGAUUUGCCUGCAGCGUCCUCCGGCUCGUCGAAGCUGGCGGCAAAAUCUUCAACAUCGCCCAAACAGCCUACCAACAAGGUACCAUCGACCGCAAGACGGCAAAAGAAUACACCUCGAUCCUGUUUCAACUAUCAAACGAGAUGUUAAGUAAAAGUGCAACGGCGCCAGCAAAGCCAGCCCACUGCGAGGUAGAGCUCCUCAAGACGGCCAAGACUUGUCGAGAUGUUUCCCGUGACCUUUCUGAAGACCUCACGUACCUUGAUAGUCUGGCGAGCAAGGGUGAGCUGCUUGCAGCGGUAAAGUUGGCAGCCAAGGUCAGUUGGAGACAGAGGAGACUCAAGAGGCUUGAGCAGAACCUGAAAGACGUGGAGAGUAGGAUGCAAAAGUUAAUUUUGGGGCGUGUCUUGUAA